AUGCCAGAGCCCGAUGGAUCCAAAAAAGCCAUGAAAGCGGUUUUGGCGCUGCUCGCGCUCGCAAUGCUGGGAGUCAAAGCAGAAGACCCUCUUGCCUCGUGUAUCAUCCAGCCCGAGUACACUUCAUUCACAGUGGACUGCACGGAUCAGAGUCUGACCGAGAUUCCGUCUAACAUUCCGAUCUACACGACGCAUCUCUUCCUGACACGCAAUUUGCUGACCUCCAUCCCCUCGUCCAUCUUCGACAGUCUGAGCAGCCUGGUCGAACUGGAUAUCGGGGGCAAUCCGUUGACCGAGCUCGAGGUCGAUUGCUUCAGUGGUCUGCUGAACCUGGAGACGCUGAACCUUGCCUCGACCUCAAUCACUACCCUGCCUUCCGGAGUCCUGAAUGGACUCUCCAAGCUUAAGAAUCUCAACCUGUUCGCGUCAUCGAUCGCUUCGCUGCCGGGCGACGUGUUUCGCGAGUGUUCUCAACUGACCAUGUUGUCUUUGCUUCGUAUCGCUGCCACAACUUUGCCACCGGGACUGUUUUUGGGACUCUCAUCACUUCAGGACGUUGGUAUGUAUGAAAAUUACUGGCAGGGUAUCCCGCCAAGCACCUAUCAAGCUCCAGGAGGCGACAUCAAAGCCUGCCGAAGCGCAUGCGAGACUUGCUACUACGAUUCUGCCGACGAUCGAUCUGUCUGCUGCCCAGCCAAGUGCUUGAGUUGCAGUGCGGCAGGCUGCCUCUCGUGCUAUGAGGGUCACACCAUGAUUGGCGGUGUUUGCAUCUCUCCCGAGAUGGCAACUGCUACCUCCGCCUCCGCGGCCAGCGCUGUUGCCGCCUCGGCUGCGUCUGCCGCUGACCUGGCAUCCAUCGCGACUUCUGUCUCGGAUGUGGUCGCUUCGUCCGCCUCGGCUGCCUCAAGUGCUUCAGAUGCUUCCAUUCAAGCUGCUGCUUCGUCUGCCUCAGUUGCUUCAGUUGCUUCAGUUCAAGAUGUUGUUUCAGCCUCCUCGGCUGCAUCCGUCUCGUCGGUUGCCGCGGUUGCCGCUUCCAGCGCUUCUGUUGCCGCUUCUAUCAGCGCUGCUAUGAGCGGUGCCAGCUCCAAUGAUGAUGGCGACUCAUCGACAGUCCAGAUUGCAAUUGGCGUUGCGAUUGGCGGCUUUGUUUUGGGAGUACUUGUGGCCUUGCUCGUUGUUCGGCUGCGUGGCAAGUCUCAGCGCGCCCCGAAGGUGCUGCCGAGCUCUGACUCCACUGAUCGACGCCCUCUGACUCAGCAAAACCCCAAGGAUAGCGGGGCGUUCGAGCUUUACCACAAUCCUUAUUCCUCCACGAGCGGCAAGUCUGGCACCUAUGACGAGGUCAAGACCAACAACCACAACUCCCCGUCUACGUAUGACCAGUUGAAGGCUCCGCACGCCGACGAGGAAGCCAUUUAUGUCAACCCUGAUGCCAACCAGCCCAAACCGCGAGUUGCUGGCGAACUCACGUACUCCGAAACGGCUGUUUCUGCGUCCUCUGGAUCUCCCAAGGAACUCGAAGCGUCCACCACGACGUACUCGACCAUCCAGCCUUCCAAUUGA